CCACGUACCAGCUCUCGCCGAUUAACCCAUAACACCACCAUCAUCAUGCCUCAGCCGUUACCCGCGAAAGAAUCCUCGCUGUUCCGACAGGUGGUCAAAUUCUACGAAUCCAAACAAUACAAGAAAGGCCUCAAGUCUGCCGACCAGAUCCUCAAGAAACACCCCAAUCAUGGCGAUACCCAAGCCAUGAAGGCUCUCAUCCUCAAUUCGCAAGGCCACGGCGAAGAGGCAUUUGCCCUGGGGAAACUCGCUCUCAAGAGUGACAUGAAGUCGCACGUCUGCUGGCACGUGUACGGCUUGCUGUGGAGGUCGGUGAAGAAUUACGAGGAGGCGGUCAAGGCGUACAAAUUCGCCUUGAGGAUAGAACCCGAUUCGCAGAACAUUUUGCGCGACCUUGCUUUGCUCCAAUGUCAGAUUCGCGACUUCGAAGGCUACAUUGAGAGCCGACGGAAGAUUCUUGAUGCGCGACCGCAGCUCAGGCAGAAUUGGACCGGUCUGGCAAUCGCAUACCACCUUUCCGGUAACUACAAGCAGGCCGAGCACAUUCUGGUCACAUACGAGGAGACUCUGAAGACAGCUCCGUCCAAGACCGACCUCGAACACUCCGAAGCCACACUCUACAAGAACACCGUCAUCGCCGAAUCCGGCGACACAGAGCGGGCAUUGACGCACCUACACGAGGUCAUGAAGGCUAACUUGGAUAAGACAGCUGUGUUGGAGCUCAAGGCCAAAUACCAACUCCAGCUUGACAGGAAAGAGGACGCCGCAAAGACAUACCGGGCACUGUUGGCCCGCAACAGCGAAUACCGCGCGUACUACGAUGGACUAGAAAAGGCACUUAGCUUGGACAGGUCCGACGAUGCGUCUAUCCCAAAACUGAAGGAACUCUACGAUGGCUAUGCCAACAAGAACGAGCGUAACGAUGCUGCCCGACGGAUACCCUUGGAUUUCCUUAAAGGCGAUGAAUUCAAAACGGCUGCUGAUCAGUAUUUACGCCGAAAGCUCAACAAGGGCGUUCCGUCCACAUUUCCAAACAUUAAAGCUCUCUACGCGGACGCGGAAAAGAAGGCCAUAAUUGAAGAUCUCGUGCUUGGAUACGCCUCGGAGAAGAGCAUGAACGGCUCGGCGGACGGCAAAGCUCACGAAGAAGCUUCUCAAUUUGCAGAUUCUGUGACCUAUUUUCUUGCCCAGCACUAUACCUAUGUCCGAAGCCGGGACCUUGAAAAGGCUAUGCAGUACAUUGAGCGCUUGCUCGAGAAGAACCCCAAAUCUGUCGAUUACAACCAAAUAAAAGCACGGAUAUGGAAACACUACGGCAACACUCAGAAGGCCGCAGAUACGAUUAAUCACGCUCGCGAAUUAGACUUGAAGGAUCGUUAUAUCAACACAAAAUGCGCAAAGUACCAGCUCCGCAACAACGAAAACGAAAAGGCACUAGAAACUAUGAGCAAAUUCACUAGGAAUGAAGCCGUCGGAGGUCCGCUUGGCGAUUUGCAUGAUAUGCAGUGCAUGUGGUUCCUCCUUGAGGAUGGAGAGGCGCACAUGCGUCAGAACAACGUGGGCCUUGCCCUCAAACGAUUCACGGCCAUUGCGGAUAUAUUCGAGGUAUGGCAGGAAGAUCAAUUCGACUUCCACAGCUUUUCGCUGCGAAAAGGACAGAUCCGGGCGUACAUCGACAUGGUCAGAUGGGAAGACCACCUUCGAGACCACCCGUUCUUCACUCGCGCAGCUCUGUCCGCCAUCAAACUGUACACGAGGCUGUAUGACAACCCGGACCUCGCGAAGGGCAACAGUGUCGACCUGAAUGGCCUCGAUGCAGCUGAGCGGAAAAAGGCCCUCAAGAAGCUGCAGAAGGAGCAAGAAAAAAUAAAGAAGGCCGAGGCGGACCGGAAAGCUGCUGCUGCCGCUAAAGCCACCGCAAAGGCAGACGAUGGCGAAGUCAAGAAAGAAGAUACUGAUCCUAAAGGCGAAAAGCUGUUACAAACCAAAGAGCCGCUGGAAGUCGCCUUGAAAUUCCUGACGCCACUUCUGGAGCUCAGCUCGCGGAACAUCGAGGGACAGAAUCUCGGCUUCCAGGUGCACUUGAGACGAGGCAAACCUUUGCUGGCUUUCAAGUGUCUGCAAGCCGCGAAAGAGUUGGAUCCCAGCCACCCUAGCGUCCACAAGAAUGCCAUUCUUCUGCGAAACCACUUGAACAACCUCAAAGAACCCCUCCCAGAACCCAUCGCAGAAUCCAUCAAGCAAAACUUCACAACCCCACCACCCACCGCCGACGUCGCCGCCCUAAAAGCCCUCAACGACGAAUACAUCAAAGCGCACUCGUCCAGCCCAUCGCACCUCCAUAGCGCGUACGACGUCCGCCACCACCUCGACGCGGCAUCCAAGUCCCAGAACGAGGAUGAUUUGCUGAAGACGCUAGAUUUGAAGGGAAUUGAGCUCGGCGAGGCUGCGGCGGGUGUGGGGCUGUUGAGGGAGUGGAAGAGCGAAGGGAAGGUGCUGGAUAAGUACUGUGAGAAGGCGAGGGGGAAGUGGGACGGUGCUGCCACGUUUGUGAGGUAAUCGAGAUGUGUGUAGUAUGUAGUGUAUG